AACUUAAAAAAGAGGCAGACAUUCAGCGAGAGGCAGUGCUCGUGGGAAGGAGGUGGCUGAGAAGCUGUUAACAGCGGGGGGCAAGCCAGCAAGCAACAUUAACGAGGACAUCGAGUCUGAGAUUUGGCACGUGGUUAGUAGAGAGGGCAUUGAGCCGAUUGGACUUUGUUGUGCUGAGCUCGUGCCAACUGGCAAUCGGGAAUGAGUGCGACACGAAGGACGAACAAUAGGGGACAUCUCUAAGGUGAAGAGGAGUUAGUUCUAUAUGUGAGUACGCCAAGAGAAGGCUGAGUGGUUGAGUUGGGGGGUGGGGGUGGGGUAGGGGGGCUAGAUUUGCGUUUGGCAAAGCCAACAAAAGGAGGUGACCGUUCUCAACCCCCUCGUCGCCCUCUCGUCAAUUCCCAACCAUGGUGGCCAAGGACUGCCCCCACUACACGGGAGGCAAGCGGGGCAUCGGGCUGCUGGAGAGAGAGCACAGCUGCCCACUCAGGGAAACGCCAGAGGAGCCGAGCCACAAAAGAGUUCGCUCCAAGUCUUCGCUCGUGAACCUCAUCUUCCCCGUCAAGACCGCUGCUGCCAAACACUUUGGCCGAUCCUUACAGCGCACGACGAGCGUGCGCUCGGUGGAGCAGCCCCCCGCUCAGCAGAAGACCCCGCCGGGGAAGAGCCCCCCGGCCCUGGUGACGCCGCCUCAAGCGGGGCCCCCGCCUCGCCGCUCCAACAGCCGCCUGUGGAGCGAGACGUUCACGGUGCGCGACGGCGACGCGUUGCCCUCCUCCGAGAUCAAGCGGCAAGAGACCAUUUUCGAGCUUUUCCAAGGUGAACAAGCCCUCAUCGAAGACCUGCAGCUCGCCAAGAAGGCUUACCACGACCCCAUGCUGAAGUUGGGCAUCAUGAACGAGGAAGAAUUAACAAAGAUAUUUGGAGACCUCGACUCGUUUAUUCCACUGCACCAAGACCUGGUCAGACGUCUGGAAGAGGCUCGUGGUCCCGACGGCACCGUGAAGGAAGUGGGACAAACCCUCGUCACGUGGCUGCCGUGCAUCAACGCGUACACCAGCUACUGCGGCAACCAGGUGGCGGCCAAGGCGCUGCUGGACCAGAAGAAGCGCGACCCGCGCGUGCAGGACUUCCUGCAGCGCUGCAUCGAGUCGCCGUUCAGCCGCAAGCUGGAGCUGUGGAGCUUCCUGGACGUGCCGCGCUCGCGCCUCGUCAAGUACCCGCUGCUGCUGCGCGAGAUCGAGCGCCACACGCCCGCGGAGCACCCCGACGUCGACCUGCUGCGCCACGCGACGGAGAUCGUCCGGGGCAUCCUCUCGGAGAUCAACUUGCGCACGGGCGAGUCCGAGUGCUGCUUCUACCGCGAGCGGCUCGAGUUUGUGGACGCGCGGCACCGGGACCCGCGCAUCGCCUCGGCGCGUCUCCUGCACUGCCACGGGGAGCUGCGCAACCAACGUGGCACCAAGCUGCACGUGUUUCUGUUUGACGAGGUGCUGGUGCUCACUCGGCCUGGCGCACGCGGAGAGAGAAGUUUCUACCAGGUGUUCCGGCAGCCGGUCCCCACGGCGGAGCUCCGCCUGGAGGACAUCACGGAGCCAGGGGGAAGAGGCUCCUUCCGUGGACCCUUCGGGCCAAACGAUCGUGGCAAGAACGCGUUCCGCGUGGGCGUGGGGCCCAUGGGCCGAGGCCACACCCUGCAGGCCGACAGCGCCUACAACAAGCGGCGCUGGCUCGCGUGCCUGGGGACCGCCCUGCAUGGACGCGCCCAGGGCACGGGUCCCCCGCCGAGCCCCCCCGAGAUCCCCGCCGACGACAGCGGCCCCCCGACGCCCGGCGAAGCGUACAGCGACGCGGAGGAGGCGCCCGGGUCGGUGCGCUCCGACAUGGAGCUGUCCCUGGGCGGAUUCUCCGACUCGGAGUCCGAGCGGUCCGAAGUGUCCUCCGUCAUGGACACGAGUGAAGUUCUCCACAUGACCUCCUGGCGAGGCCGGGAGGGCCCUGGGUUUCUGGACGAGAUGUCCAGGGACUGCUUAUCUGACCGCGAGGAGGUCUCCAGCGGGCAGGAGGACUGAAGGGAAACGUCCUGUCAAGGGGGUCCUUCACUCCCUCCUCUUCACACGACAUCCUCCUAUUGAAUCAUCACCCGACGACUUUCCACACACAGAGACGAAUGACCAGCAUUGACAACAUUACCGUUGUUGAUCAACGUUGUAUGACAAUAGAAAAAGAGGCCGACGGAUGGUAUGGGUCCUUUUUUUCUGGCUCCUAUAAUACCCCUUUUCCACUGGCACAGCCGAGCCGAGCCAGCGCGGAGCCCUCACGGUACUACGGGUAGCUUCCUCCCACUGGCAAUUUGCCGCGCCGAGCUAGAACCAAACCGUGACCCACUGUAAAUCUAGCUCCGGGGGGCCAAGCAGGGCCAGGGGCAGGGUUAAUCACACGUGCAUUGCGUGCGACGUCAAUCGAUGCAAUUCCAACGCAGCGUCACCGCGGCAUCUGCGCGCGCCUCGACUCGUUUAUUGCGUUAGCGACGUCAGCGGCACGGCUCGGCUACUGCAGUGGAAAAACAACCUGACUCCUUCUCGGCCGCGCCCAGCUGGCUCGGCCUGGCGCAGCUACUGUAAGUUGUCCAGUGGAAAUGAGGUAUUUGCUGUGCGGUGUCGGCAGAAGGUAUUGCCACACCUGAAGUGCCUUCAAUGAUAUUAACCAAGAGGCUCGGAGCGCCCCGCCAACUGCUCUUGGGGUUGUUAGUAAAAUGCUGAUCUACGCAUUCAUAGUCAUGUUUCUUUGUAAUAUUUUAAAUGUUGGAUGUUGGGUACCGUAUUGCUGUGAGUGUUAAAUACAAAGACCGCAAAGCAAUCAAUUGUUCUCUUUAAAAACGCCAGUUCAUCAAAACUUCCAAACGGGCAGCUGGUGUUUUAAAUGACAACGUCUUUGGUUGGAUUUUUAACAAGAGGACUUGUGAGAUGGAAUGCCAUCUCUGUAAUUGUCGUGAAUUACGUUUUUUGUUUUAAUCUCAAUCUCGCUUAAAACAGUUGCUCGCAGUCAUGAAGAGGUUCCUUUUCAGUGACCAAUUACCUCCCUGGUUUAAUUUGCCAGCCUAACUCUAUGGAUUGCCGUGAGCGAGUUCAAUCUUCCGUAGGUGUUGCACUCAUUAUUUUGGGCUACGACAGCCUUUUCGCAUGUUUCGCUACCCACGUUUUAACGAGGGCGGAGGGGAGAGGGAGGGUUCGUGUAGACAUCGGCUAAUUGGAUUCGCCGUUAAAUUGUGGCGGCGUAGUACAACGGACGCAGAUCGCAUACUCCUCUAGACGCUGUGGAUCAUUCGUAACGCCACCGCAAAUGCAAACGCAGUUGUUUCACGGCAGGUUUUUGUCAAUGAAUUUCACCCUUCCACUGUGCUAGUCUGAGUCUAGUUUCUCAUCUGCCAGUUGCACGCAGCGCUAUGGGGGCGGGUUAGAAUGCGAAUGUUUAUCACCGAUGGCAUCACACCUCGCGUGUGAAACGAGGCUCGUAUGGCAUUCGUUUUUUUAGUGCACGAGCCACCAGGGAUGUAUAACCUCACGGUUUCGCGUAGACUUUAACCUUCACGAACAAAGGCUCGUCAAACCUUGGGCAUUUCUCCAAACACCUUAAGCCAUGCAAAUAUAAGUCUAAUAGUGCCACAAAUGCCUGUGCCAAGACCAGGAGCCUAACGAAAUGCAAAACAAGCCAAUCAGACUUUAGCACAGACCGAACGCAUUCCCCCGCGCCAGCAGACGGAGCCAAGAUGAGGCCACGCAGUCCGAUCUCAGUGGAUAUCUGCAGACAAUCAGGAGACUUUUAUUCCACAUUAUUCUUGAUGCCAAACAUCUGGCGCCGGUGCUCACUCGAAUGCGAAGUGCAUACGUGUUUUUUUAUUUUAUUUAUCUCCGCGUUGUUGACAAAUGCUGUACGGGCACAGUGGGCUUUAUUUUAUUUAUUUUUUGUAAUGAAAACUAUUGUGUUGUGGGACGACAUUCAGCCACGUGACAUGUGAUGCCAGUGUUUAUCAAUUAGGGUGCCACUCAGGGUCACACCUCCUGCUCUUAUUCUUUUGCCUGUUAAUCUGAAGUGUUGCGAGUGUCAAGGCAAUCCCUCAAUAUUUCCUGGUUGCUCAACAUCGGCGCUAAAUUCGUUCCGGUCGAUACCCACCGUGGCAUCGAAGCAAAGAGGAGGAGGAGGGGAUCCUGAGCAAACUGUGGAUAUGAAUCGAGUAGAAUAAGAUUCUCAGCUGCUGACUUUUCCACGAAAAGUCACAACUGAAACUUGACUUUUCCGUUUGCGUAUCGAGUGGCACCCUACUUCCUCCAUACAUGGUAUGGAAUAUCAUGUAAUGUGGUUUGUCUCCGCAGUGGCAUUGUCAGCAUUUGCUUUGGUCCAAUAUCCUCCUGCCUUUUUAAUAUGGCAGUUUUAACGACUCUUUGCGAGUUUCCCAAAACGCCCGACAAAUUGGGCGCUUUAAAGCGAUAAUAAUCACGCAGUGCUGGGUGGAAGCAGGUCAGCACAAUAGCCAACUGCAUUGCAACGAGUUACAUUCGAACAGAGAAUAUUUCAGGGAUUCCUAAGGGAAGUGGACACCGCGAUGGUGGUGUGAUGGUGAAGGCUUCUCUAUGCAGGGCAUUGAGCUCCGAUCGAGUAAUCCAUGCCAAACGGAGUAACGAUCAAAGUUCUGCUCGGUCACCCCGGAAGCGUGGAGUUGGCAAAUCCGAUAAUCUAUUCAAUCGAUCGUCAGUUCGAUUGCUCUACUAAACGGUCGACGAGAUAAAAAAACAGUGGGGUAAAUAAAGUUUUACCUCUAUUCCCUGCGUGGGCCACUGAAUGUGGAGGUGAUGGAGUGAGCACCAACAAGGCAUCUGAGCGAGUGGCGUCUUUGUGGCAUGCCAGCGUCGUGAAUAGCUUUGCAAAUGUAUCUUUGGCAUUGAGAGUCAAUAAUUGUUCGUUCGGGGCAUUGGGUUCCAUAUGUAUGUACGUACGUGUGUGCGUUUUUUAAGCUUGUUUGUGCUUAUUAAGAUUCCACUUUCUUGGAAGGGAAAUUGAGCCAAAGGAUUAAUCUUGGUUGAUGUAGAGUAUUCGGUGAUUAAUUAAGUGCAAACCGGCCUGUGUACAAAUACACAAUCCUAUGACGAUAUAGCAGUUGGCAUAUGUACAGGAGCCGUAAAUGAUUUCACUGCUCAUUGAUGCAAUUUAAGAGGGCUGAUUAAUGUGCAGAUAUGAACUGGGUAUGACCACCAGAACCAGAUAUGGCCCAUCACUGAGAACUCAAAACCGUUGAGACCACCACUGGUACAUUUUACAUGUUUACCGAUUAUCUUAGCGCAUUGUGCCUACUUUACGUUCAAAUGGCAAUCCGAAUUUACAAGGUAAUUCAAUCAAAAGCAGUUUUAAAUCGAAAUCAUUGUAUUAUUGACGCAGUAUCUGCGUAAAAUAAGAAAGCAUUGGUUGAAGUAUAAACCUGAAAACAAUUGGUCCUUAAGUACUAGAGGUCACUGAAUAGCCACAUUAUGGUAUUGCACUCCAGUAAUCUUAGCGUUGUGUACCGGCGACAGACAACAUCUACUGUAGCAGAGAUUUUUUCGAAAUCUUGCCUUGAAAUAUAUUAAUCUAGUCAAGAUUUGAGUCUUAAAGUAGAUUUUAAGCUGCAAGUGUAUAUAGUAUCAUUUGGCAUCUGGGGGUUGUUUGCGUAGGGGUUCUGUAGCAUUCACGGAUUAAUCAGAACUCUAUCCUGCAAUUUGGAAAACGUGCCAAAUAGGUCGAAUAAUUACCUUGCCAUGCUACUACUUUGCAGAAGGUCCUCCACUGCAGAGAGCUUUAGAGAGCCCCUCUAGAAGGUAGUGUGGCCUACUCUUCCACUCUGACUUGAGGUUUUGGAUGAAGCGGGACUACCCACACUUUACCCCACCAAAUAUACGACUUGUCGAUCGACACGUCUGCUGAUGGAUAGGCUUCCGCGCCAGUAGAUCGAAUCAAACCGGUGACCUCUGGUUUCGCUGGCCCACCGCACUGCUAACUAACCCUUAGACCACUGCAGCAUCAUUGCCAAAUUAGUAUUCCCUUAACAAAAAAGAAUGAGACUUGGAGAAAAGGAGUAUUAUGGUAUGGGGUGUAUUCGUUGCCAGGUUUUCAGCUGCAUGAGUUAAGAGUCAAGGUAAGACUGAUUAAAAUGAAAUUCCAUUCUCUACCCCUUUGCUGUUUCUCCAGAAGGUGUUUUUUUCAAUGAAAAAUUACAAUGGCAUUUUUGUUUGAUGGCAUAAUCUCAGCUGACAUUGCAAAACCGUGUCGAAAUACUCUUCCGUCAUGCGAUACCAAAUCGUGGUUCAUGUGUUAAGGUCGAUUGAACAAGACUAUUAUAUUUUUUUAUUAUAAGUUGUAUAAUUUGGCGUUGGCACAAACUAAACAUCACGCCUGGUUAAUUUGUCUUAUCAUUGAUAGAGUUCUUUUUAAUGAAAUUUUAUUUUAAUUUCUUUUAAUAUACAGUACUACAAAGGUAAUUAGGUUGUUAGCUCUUAAAUACAUAUUUAAUUUUUUAUUGAUUUCUGAUGGUAUAUUUAAUCAAGCAUGCAGAUACCUGCAGUUUUAAAUUAGCUCGUAAGUUAUUUUCACUUUAUAUAGUAAAAGUACUAUAUAUAUAUAAUGAAUACGUGAGGGUUUUUUUGGUGACAAUUUUCAACCAUACUUAAGACGAUAUUGAGAGAGAAAUGAACAAAGAAUCGUAAGACUGAUAGAAACUGACAAGAACAAGUCUGUGUUGAGUGUUUAUAAUGUUUCAAGGGUUUCCAAUGGAUUUCACAUCUCAUUUUUAUAUACGGUACAACAUAGAUCUGGUCCGCCAGGCACUGACGUACAGGCGGGCACAUGGCAAGGUCAUAUACGUGAACAUCCAUGGAAAAUGACAGCGACACCAUGCAUAUAUACUGCACUGGGAUGUGGGCAGUUCAUUGGUCAGGGAGGAUAUGUGACGUUUAUAAUGUCUGCUUCCCACCUCUUAAGCAGCACCACUGUAUGCAGGGUAACGCGUGUAAAUGUUACCUUGGUUUAAAACUUGACAAAGAGGUUUGGCAGUUUUCGUUGCUUUUUCCCCAUGGUGUGGUGAAUCGAUGUCGUAAAUUGGAUUGUUGGAAGACGUGAAUUAAGGCGGCGUGGCUCAGUUGCCAUAAAGUUGGCGUCGCGAAAAAAGUCAUUGCCUUGAAAUGCAAUUCGCCGAGAAAGACUUGGAAAGUUGGCUGCACAGUAAGAGAACGUGUUGUUCAGGUGGUCUGCGGAUGUUAUAUGGAGGUGCUUGGAGCACCGUUGGUCGGAAAGGAAUGCACUGUACACUCUAUAUGGCAGGUGGUCUCAAGUCCUACAUCGCAAAUGAAAAGGGUGCAGACUCGUACGUGACUGCAUAUUACACUCCAGUCGUAACUCACAACGUGGCUUACUUUCAGCCUGGAGCUGUCUCCAGAGAAUAAUAUCUGCCUCCCAGUACGACUGGUAGUGGAAACGCUUUAAAAUACAGGAGAUCUUCCUUUUCAAAAAUACUAAGACCACCGGUCAUGUAUGUAUGUGUACCGCUGUAUCGUGUAAUGGUAAGGUUUGUCGUGAAUGAAGGUAUUGGGAAAGGGAUGAACAGGACAAAACAAAUGAACGGAAACACCGCUUCAGGUCUGCAUUUAAGUAUUAUUAUUUUUUGCCAAGAAACACAAUUUCACCUCAGAUUAGUUGAGGUUCUAGGGUCAUUAUAGGAAGUGCGUGUCAACAGGCAAAGCUUUACCACCGUCAUAAAACACAACGGAAUUAUCAAACAGUUUAGUUGUAUUUUAGUGUGAAUGCAAAACACUCGGCAUCUACAAAACUGUGCUUAUUUUUACAUGAAAUUACUUCAUGCUGGCCUUUUGCAGUGGUUCCGUGACUUUGUGUCCAAUGGUUAAAAAAAGGUAUUUUGAGAGUACAGCUUUGGUGACUCAGAGGACUGAUGUCACGUUUGUGUGGUAAUGUUUUGGUUGUAAUGUUUUAGGGAAUGUUUAGUUUUUUAGUUAAGAGGGAACGACUUCAAAUGGUCCACACAAGUAGCAGGUGGCUGAUGAGAGGCACCGCGCAUCAAGGUGACUGACUGGGCCAUCGGCCAAACAAUGGAGAGAGGAGGAAAGAAAAUCACCUCUUAAAUUUCAACAACCACGUCUCCACUUUCGGAUGGAAUUCCACCCUCCCCAACCGGCCCCCCUGAUAAACUUAAAAUUUUUCACAACAAAUUCUUUUUCAUCGCCACUCUCGUUACAAAGUGCCCGGUUUUGCUCUCGAUGUACACUGGCUUGGAGCAGUAAUCGCCACGAGGUGCUUGUUCAGUUAUCUCCCCCCCCCCCAGGAGGUGAUUUCAAGAGACAGUCUCGGAAACGAUUUCGAUGGAUUCCUGAAGUCAAAAUUCGAUUCCAAUGUCACAUUAACAACCGCCACGAUUUACAAAGCGUGUUUUAUGACUUUGGCGUCCAUUCUAUCAGCUGAACGAUUCAGCAUGCUGCUGCUGUACAGCGUUGCAGUGGCUGCACGAGUGCAAGUGACUCGUGUGUUUUAUUUUACGAUCGUAGAAAGUGGCCGAGAGAUAGGCGACAAGGUGGCGUCUUGAUUUGUUACUGACUGUGCUUGGGUCGCUUUCUUCUUCUGUAUGGGGCAUGUACAUUUGUAAAGUACACUGUAAAUUGUUACCAAAUAAAAUGUUGUAAAAUCGUAUUUUUGUUUU